AUGCGCUCCUUCAUCCUCGCUGCGGCCACCUUUGCCGUCAUUGCCUACGCCGACGACUCAUCUUCCACUUCUACAUCAUCCACCGCCACAACCGGCACCCCCGCCACGUACACGCACGAAGUCAAAGUCGGCUCCAAUGGACUCAACUUUGACCCUGAUGCUCUGACUGCCAGCCCAGGCGACCUAAUCAACUUCCACUUUUACGCCUCGAACCACAGUGUUGCGCAAUCCUCCUUCGACAAGCCUUGCCAACCCAUCGACGGCAGCAGCGGUAUCUUUACAGGCUUCUUCACGGCAAGCGGAAAGGACGAGGCGUCUCAGAUGUUCAGCAUGCGUCUCAAUGGGACGGAUCCAAUGUGGCUGUAUUGUAGCUCGGGCGAGCACUGCAAGGGCGGGCAGAGCAUGGUUAUCAACUCCGUAUCCGGAUCCGACCAGACGCUGAAGCAGUACAAGGAGAACGCAAAGAAGGCGGAUGUGAAGAGCCCUGACGCCGUCAAUGGUGGUGUUGUCCAUGACAAGCCGACCAGCUCGUCCACCAGCGUUAGUGCGAGUGCGAGUGAAACGAGGAAGUCAGCCGCCAACAAUAGCGCCGGGCCGGCAAGUAAUGUUGCCUUGAUCCUGGCGGCGGCUGGUUUGAUGUUGCUGCUGUAG